UUCUCGUUCUGAAAGGGCACUUAGUGACCGCUCUAUGAUAUUCAGAACUUCGGGAAUUCAUAGUCGCUUUCUUGUCUCUUUUUGUGUUUUGUGUUCAUUUCCCGUAGUACCUGACCUAUCUGGAACGCUGACGCAUCCGAGCACUCGGCGUGUGCUACGUUGGCGCGGUGCGUUGUGAUAAGCCGCCACAGAAAAAUUGAGCGAAGAAACUGUAUAACCGAAGCUUAAAAUUAUGUCAGGAUGACAAUGGCUCGUAUAUUCUGGCCGGCAUCAGACGAUACAAACAUGGAUGAAAAACACGAAGCUGCCCACAAGCGAGAAGCUGAAGUUCAGAGGUGGAGGUGGACUCCAGAAAAGGUGUACCACUGGGUGGUUUCCUUCGGAGUCACCGUGUACGUCUUCUGGAAGUUCGCGACUACCGAACAGAACGCCUACAUAUUGAACAAUAUGCCGAGAUCCUUCAAGGAGAGUUCCUUAGGUCUUAAGCAAAAGCAGGACAUUACAAACUGGGAAUGGGAGACCACAAAGUGGGUCGUGGUCGCUGCGUGGAAAUGGUACCUCUUGCAUCCCGUGCUGGCCCGGCUGACAGCUUACGCCGCACCUUCGCUGGUGCCAGUCUUCUACGCUGUAUACUCCUCGCUGUUCGUGGCCUUCACCUUCGGCUGGGAGGUGGCGCUGCUGUUCCUGGCGCAACACGCCGCCUUCUACCUCACGGCCUCGCUGGGGAGCACAGCACUGUGCUACGUGGUCGCCCUCGUGAUCCACUGCCAGAAGUUCUUUAUACCGUUUGACCCAUUCAACUAUAUGUAUCCCAGGUACGGCCUGAUGGCCUACAGGAGUGCGUUCGUCACCUUCCACUGGAACAUCCUGCGCGGCCUCAGCUUCAGUGUGGACUGCGUUCAAUCCGAGCAGGGGAAGAACACCGGGGACCACAGGCGCAGAUGGCCACCCUACUGGAAGACGCUGGGAUACAUGUUGUACAUGCCGAUGGUUUACCUUGGGCCGCCGCAGAAGUACAACGACUUUACGGCUCAGUCGGAGAAGCCGAAGCCAAGCUGUACACCACGCGAGAUCGCCAUCGCCAUGGCUAGGAUUCUGCGGAGCGGUGGCCACUUUCUCCUGAUGGAAAUCAUGGCCCACUUCUUCUACAGUUCAGCUAUGGCCGAGUGGGAUUUUAUGGGCGAAAGGCUGGACUACGCCAGCCUGCUGGGCUACGCCCUCUCCCUUGAAUUCAACUACUACGUGUGCUACCUGUUCAACUACGGAUUCCCCGCAGCCCUGGCCAAGAUCGAAGGCAUCGAGAUUCCGGCUACAGCUCCGUGCAUAGCCAGAUUGCACCGGUGCUCGCAGUUCUGGAGAUACUUUGACCGUGGCAUGCACCUGUUUAUUCGAAGGUAUGUCUACGAGCCCGUGCUCGGUGGCCAACGCACCGCCUUAAGACUGGUUCUGAGCACGGCCGUCGCCUUCACCUUCACCAGCACCUGGCACAGCUUCUAUUCGCACAACCUUGUCUGGUGCGCUCUCAGUGCACUUGGAAUCUGCCUCGAAGUCAUCACCAUUGAGAUCAGGAAGUGGACACCCGUCAAGACGUUUGAGGGCCGCUACCUGGCGUCACCUGAGCGGAUGCGAAUGGCCAAGUGCCUGCUAGGCUCGCCUCACUUCCUGCUCACCAUGUGCGCCUGCAUCUUCCAUUUGGCGGAAACGGACGUGUGCUUCGUCAUUGUGCGAAGGAUAAUAACCGGCUUUCCUUUCCCCUUGGUUCCCGUCCUGGUGGCCGUCUACAGUGGCUGCCAUGUCGCUCUUGACGUGGCAGAGUGGGAAGCAUCGGCUAAGCAGAAACGGGCAUCACCGUGAACAGCCCUAAUGCUGAAAGACGUGCAACAAUGUCGCAUUUCAUACACGUUUUUUUUUUUUUACACCAAAGCUGCUUAAGCUUUUCGUUCAGCCGGUUCGCGUGACCAGCAGAAAGUGGGAAUGUGCCAAGCAGCUCCUAGGAUUAGCAUUACGAUUAGGAUGUUGUAGGUAGCGACGGAUCUAGCCUUGGAAAAUUUGCACGACACUGCCCCGCAAGCUUUCCUCUUUGCCAGUUGUAAUAAACUAAUGUCUUUUUUUGUUUUGUUUUUCAAUUAUGUGCGGGCGUGCUCUUAGAAAGUCGCACCCAGCAUGACAUAACUCCAGCCAGCAGCCUGUGUGCUAUACCACUUGCAGUAUUGUACCGGACCCCUAUUUCACUGCAUACCCCCCCCCCCCUAACAAUUGUCACUAAUCACCAGUCACAUGGGAGGCUUGUAGCAGUCAAAAACUACAAAAGAAGUCACGACACCUGCUUUCUGAAGAUCCAGUGACCACGCGGAACCACAAUAUCUGUUACACUGUCACGUGGUGAGUGUAAACGUUGUAGGUCCUCAAAUAAACACGACCCUUCUAUCUUAAA